AUGCGUAACAUUGCUGCAUACCUUCUCCUCCAGGCCGGUGGAAACGAAAACCCCACCGCCGCUGACAUCAAGAAGCUCCUUGCUGUUGUCGGCAUUGAGACUGACGAAGCCCGCCUUGACACCCUCAUCUCUGAGCUCAAGGGCAAGUCGACCGCUGAGCUCAUCGCUGCCGGAUCUGCCAAGCUCGCUUCCGUUCCUUCCGGAGGAGGAGGAGGAGCAGCUGUUGCCGCUGCCCCCGCUGCCGGUGGAGCUGCGCCCGCCGCCGAGGAGAAGAAGGAGGAGAAGGCUGAGGAGAAGGAGGAAUCUGACGACGACAUGGGCUUCGGAUUGUUCGAUUAG